GAGGAGGAGAAGGAGGAGGGCAGUCAGUUUGAGGGGUCGUCCGGUCUGUCGGAACCAGGAUCUGCUCACUUUUAAAACCAGUUAGACGCAGGCUUGUCCGGGGCAGAGCUGAGCUGGACGGAUGGACACUUUCACCAAGGAGUUUUAAACUUUUAUUUAUUCCCCCGGACGAUUUAAGGGACGGAACAGUGGGAAGAGUUCGUCUGGACUUUGAUGUGCUGUUGGACUGUUAAGCUAUUAAACACACCCUGGAAGUAACUUUUAUUACUAAUUUGAAGGACUUUUGUGAUUGAGCUUGGCUUUAGCCUUUUGUUUUUUAUUAACUUUAUUGGAGCAGGCGGGAAAAGUUUCUCCAAAAUGGAUAAAUAUGAGGAUUUGGGGCUGGAGGCGAGUAAGUUCAUCGAGGACCUGAACAUGUAUGAAGCAUCACGGGAUGGCUUGUUUCGCACGAGGAGGGAUGCAGGAAACAACCCGGACUUUGAGGAGACGCGGAAAGUCUUUGCCUCUAAAAUGACUAAAAUCCACAUGCAGAAACACCAAGAGGAGAUGGCAAAGAACCACCAGGCUAUUAAGAUGAAUGGCGGUCAUAGCGGUGCGUAUUACACCAAAGACAGGCCGCCCAUCAACAGUUACAGACAGCCGGGUGAAGCGGCGGCGAAGCCCCCGAUACUCUCUGGUCCUGUGUCGGGAACCGCGGGUCAGUAUGCUCCGUUUGACGGCCAUAAACACCACACAGGCAUUCAGCAGGAACUCCCAGCAGAACGGGCAUAUGGCUACGGAAACAGUUACGAUAAUAAAGAGCCACAUUCCUGCCAGCGUAACACUCCUACUCCCCCCAGCAGCCCAGGAAACGCGCCUCUCAGUGCGCCCACACAUGCUCGACACCCUGUCAGUCAGCCGUCGGUCUGGGCCCCGUGCAGAGAGAACCAGCUUCCCACAUCGAUACCUGGCUCUGAGAGCUGCCCUGCCCCUCAGCAGCAGCUAAUUCCUGCACCCCCCAUCAACACUAGUCUCCCACCAAAGCAGAAUCAGGCUGUGGCUCCUUCUAUGAACCAGAGUCCACCCUCCUCAGCCAGAGGAUGGGCUGCUGGAGAGCUUUCUGGAGCAACCCAGCCAGACCUCAUCUCUGCCCUGCCUCUGAGUGCCUUUACAGGGGGAGCAGAUUUCCAUGGUCACCAGGAGCAGCAGCAGCCCUCCACACAGCCUGCAGCCCAUUAUGCACCACCUUCUCCAACUUUAAGACCCCCCACUAGCCAUAAUGGUCCUGCAACAGCUUCCCUUGUCCAUCUAGCACCGUCUAAAACACCUCAUCCAAAGGUGCAGGUGGCAUCUGCUGUCUUGAACCAUGGUCAUGCCUCCAAAAACAGCAGCCAGGGUCAAGGUCAGAGCCAAACACCUAGCUAUGGACAGGCUACCAGUGCUGAACCUGAAGUCCACCUGUGUUCUCCCAAGUCUGUCCAGCUUCCUUGUCAAUCUCUCCUUGCACAACCGGCUGAACUGGGGCCUUCAUCUGCUGAAAUAAAAUUGGAAACUCUCACUAAACGUCUGGAAAAAGAAAUGGACGCCCUCCCAAAGGCAGACUACUUUGGAGCCUGUGUUAAGUGUAACAAGGCGGUGUAUGGAGCAAACCAGGCCUGCCAGGCCAUGGGUAGCCUCUACCAUGACAGCUGCUUCACCUGCAGUGCCUGUAGUCGAAGACUCAGAGGGAAAGCUUUCUACUAUGUCGGAGGGAAGGUUUUCUGUGAAGAAGACUUCCUGUACUCUGGUUUCCAGCAGUCUGCGGACAAGUGCAACGCUUGUGGACAUCUGAUUAUGGACAUGAUUCUGCAGGCCCUCGGGAAGUCCUACCACCCGGGCUGUUUCCGCUGCGUUGUCUGUAAUGAAAGCCUUGAUGGAGUGCCCUUCACCGUAGACACCGAAAAUAAGAUCUACUGUGUCAAAGACUACCACAGAGUCCUGGCCCCUAAAUGUGCCGCCUGUAAGCAGCCCAUCCUGCCUUCAGAGGGAUCUGACGAAACCAUCCGUGUUGUAUCCAUGGACAAAGACUAUCAUGUGGAAUGCUACCACUGUGAGGAUUGUAAGAUGGAGCUGAAUGAUGAGGAGGGUCACCGCUGUUACCCUCUGAACGGCCACCUCCUCUGCCACUCCUGCCACCUGAAACACAUGGAGCCUGGCUGCUCCUCUCCUGUCGCAGCCGACUCCUUCUAACACUUGUGCAUAAGUGAAGGGCGACACCUGGUGGAUUCAAUUUAGAACUGCAAAAUGCAGGAGAAGACAAUAUACAAUUCUUGUUGUAGAGGAUUGGUUGAUUUUAAAUGUCUCACGUGAUACGAUGAUCUGAUGUGGAUUUAGACAGGAGUGUUAAUGAAGUUUCCAUUUUGCAGUAAUGAAGUAUUUUAAUACAGUACAACUCUACUUGGAGUGCAGCGAAGCAUUGAGCUGAACCUGCUACAAAGCAACUCAGCACAAUUGUUGUUGCUGUGUGAUUUCUCUUGAGUUUCAUUUGCUUUGGCUGUGUAAAUAACUUAUUGUCUAUUUGUAUUAGUUUCACAUUCACACUUGUGCUGUUACAUUACAGGUCAUAGUGAUUAUUUACAAAAGAUACGUGUAGUACAUCUCUACAUAAUCCAUGGUUGCCUAAUAUUGCAGUCGAAUACAAAAGAAGAUCCACCAAAAUAACGAUUCAGUCAUGUUAACAAGUAUAACGUUUCCUCCUCUUUGGAGGAAGGACAAAGAAGUGAUGUAUAUUUAUUCAUUUAAAAACAAACAAACAUACAAAGUGUCUUGUCAUUGAAUAUAUCAUAAUUUUAAUCAGUUAUUGUGCACUAAGUGUUCUUCUAUUUAUAGUUUUCUGCGGCCAUGCUGACAACACAGACAUUCUGUAAAGGGCCUCAGUGAGUUCGACUGCACACAGAGCCAACGUUGUUGUUCAUAUUUGUCAUACGCAAGUAUUGGAAUGCAAUAAUUUAUAUCUCGUAAUAUUUUCGAAGCACAACCAUUUCUUAGAAAUGGCAUAUUCUGCAUUUGGCUUUGCCUCUAUAAACUGAAAGCUUAAAGGAAACCUGCUGAGGAUAACCAAGUUAUACAGUUGUUUGGUGAAGAAACGGCUGUGGUUUGUCACAUGCAGUCUGGUUCUAAGCACUUACAAGUACAUGUGUGAGAUGUUUAAUGCACCUGUGAAGAGGUUGGUAUAAGAUCAGUGGAUCGAUUUCACAUUUGAAAACGUAUAUUUAAAUUAAAGGACAUACAUCAUAUUCAUAUACAUUUAUAUACCAUAUGUUGUAGGUCUACAUUCAUUUACUUUUGUUUGAUUUGCUGUGGGAAGUUCAUUUGUGCCGUCCAAGUGUUACUCGUGUCUUCACUUUACUAACUUAAUACUUUUAUCCUUUUAGGUCAUAGUGCUUUCAUAGCCAACUGAAAAAUGAAAAGCAAACCCGUGUAUUCAGACUGUGCUGUAAAGAAAGGAUUUAAUAAAUGCAUUGCAAUAUA